GUCAAUAGUCUCCUUUCUUUGGCUGGAGAUAGGAAAUGUUUGGUUGAAUGAAUAUAAUAUAAGAGGGUAGAUGUCUGUCUAUAUAUUAGCAUCAGUUGCAGAGAACCUAUCUAUCUUAAAUCCUUAAAAAAUGAACACAAAUAAUAGUGAGCAGCUAAAAGCCGCAGCUGAAGCAGGCAAUAUAGAUCUGCUCUAUGAAGUAAUUAAGGAUGAUCCAUACAUUUUGGAGCGUAUUGAUUUGAUACCAUUUGUUGACACUCCUUUGCAUAUUGCUUCAUCUAUGGGUCAUCUUCGGUUUGCCACUGAAAUUAUGAGGUUGAAACCUUCAUUUGCUUUGAAGCUAAAUGAGCAAGGAUUCAGCCCCAUCCAUCUUGCUAUGCAAAACAGCCACAAGACGAUGGUGUCUCGCUUUGUUAACAUCAAUAAACAACUUGUUAGAGUCCAAGGGAGGGAAGGCGUGACUCCUCUUCAUUUUGCAACUCAAAUUGGUGAUGUUGACCUUUUAGCUAACUUUCUCUUUCUGUGUCCGGAGUCCAUUGAAUGCUUGACUGUGAGGUGCGAAACUGCUCUGCAUAUUGCUGUUAAGAAUCAACGGUAUGAGGUCCUUCAAUUACUUGUUGGCUUGCUCAAAACAAAUGAACAGAGAGGUGCUAAAGAGUUGCAAAAUAAAAUACUAAAUCAGGAAGAUGAGGCCGGCAACACUAUUUUGCACAUUUCAGCGCUAAGUACUGAGCUCCGGGAACUUCAGUUGUUGGUAAAGACUAAUAUUAACUUGAACACGAAGAACCUCGAGAACAAAACAGCAUUAGACAUGGCAGUGAGGGAAGAGAUUAAGAAUAUAUUGAUAAGCGCAGGAGCAAAACCUGGCUCAGAAGUCACCAUAUUCCCCGAUUAUCAAAUACUUGCAUAUUACUAUAAAUCAUAUACACCAAUAAUAGAUGAACUUUUAAUUUAUAUAUCUCGCAUUAGAAGUGAUAUAUCAGAUGAGAAACGUAACACUUUGUUGAUAAUUUUCACUCUUGUUGUAACUGCUACUUAUCAAGCAGCAAUAAGCCCCGCUGGUGGAGUUUAUCAAGCUAAUGCUAGUGACGAUGAUACUGCUGGUAAAUCGGUCAUGCCAAAAAGUAUAUUCUCUGGGUAUACUUGUUUGAAUAUUCUUUCCUUUUUGACAUCAAUGAUAUCAAUACUUAUCCUGACCCAAAGAAGGGGGUUUCAUAUUUUCUUUCCAAUGUUUUGUUUUGCCCUUAGUUAUCUAUAUUCUAUGGCAUAUAUAUCCCCUACAGCUAUCAAUUACAAACUUGUUAUGAUCUUCUAUUUAUCAAUUGUGUCUGUAUGGAUGAUUUCCUUCGUUAUUAUUCCGUUGUACUCAACAAGAUUUAAUAUGCACAAGGCUAUGAAACUGAAUAGGUCAUAGUUAAAGAAACAAAAAUGAUAAAUGGCGGUACAGUCGCUGGUGAAAUCUGCAACUCAAACCACUGCCGAACAACAAUAUCUCAUCGUGGAUUUGCAAUUUUCCUGUCAUUGUUUUUGUCCUUCUGUCUUAAUUAGCAAAUUGUAAGUCAUUGUAUUAAAAUAUUGUAAUCAUAUAUCUUGUAUUUUUAUUGAAUGUAAGUGAAUAUCUUGUAAUAUUGUAAUCAUAUAUCUUCUGUCUUAAUUAGCAAAUUGUAAGUCAUUGUAUUAACUAUUAAGUCAUUGUUUUUGUCCUCUGUCAUAUAUUCUUUCACUUUCAUUGUCAUAAAUUGAUUCCUUAACUUAGAAACCUCAUCAA